UCGGGAUGUUCGGGGACUCGGCAGUGAGUGGGGCUGAUGUAGAGUCGGUGUGGCGGAAAGGCUGGGGGGCCCGCUGCGAGGAGAAGAGCACCCAGACCGGGGUGAUCUCCACGACAGAAGCCGUGACCCAGUCCUGCUGCUUCCAAGAGGCUGGCGUGCAGACAGAUGUGGGUGGAGAGAACCUCCGAGCCGCAGGGCUUCCGCCAGCCCCGCCCGUGGAUUACGCCGGUCUGCUCUCCUUCCUGCAGAACGUGGAAGAGACAGUCAUCAGGGAGCUCAAUAAGAACUGGAGAAGCCACGCCUUCGAUGGCUUUGAAGUGAAUUGGCUGGACCAGAACGAAACGGUCUCCUGCCUGCACAGCCUCACAUACCCUGAGGCUCAAGAACAGAAGCUGCAAGUCACCAGUGUUUCCUGGAAUGCCACUGGGGCAGUCGUCGCGUGUUCAUACGGGAGAGUGGAAGAUGGGGACUGGAGCACAGAGAAAUCGUACGUCUGCACCUGGAAUCUGGACCGUAGAGGGCUGAACCCCCGUCGGCCUGACCUUGUGGUGGAAAUCCCCAGUUCUGUGAUGUGCCUGGCCUUCCACCCACAGCAGCCGUCGCUGGUAGCCGGAGGCCUUUUCAGUGGGGAGGUCCUGGUGUGGGACACCAGCAGGCUCGAAGACCCCUUGGUCUGGAGGACGGGCAUGACCGACGACACUCACACCGAUCCGGUUUACCAGGUUGGCUGGCUACAGCACACCAAGCACGGCCACCCCUUCCACGUCCUGAGCGUGUCCACAGAUGGGAAGAUCCUGGUGUGGCAGGAGGAGAGAGACGGCCUGCUGAAGAUCACGGAUGGCUUUGCCUUGGUGUCGCAGCAAAUCCCCAGGAGCACUAAACUGAAGAAGCAUUCCCGAGGAGACGUGGCCGUGGGCGUGACCUCCCUCUCCUUCUCCCACUUUGAGCCCAGCGUCUUUGUCGCAGGCACGGAGGGCGGCUGUGUGCUGAAGUGCUCCACGGCCGUCGAGACAGUUGCCAUCCUCCAGAGAGGCAGCUCCUUUCCGCUGAAGGCCCCGGCCCAGUUUGUCUUCUCCCCCCAUGGAGGACCAGUCUAUUCCGUGAGCUGCUCACCUUUCCACAGGAAUCUGUUUUUGAGUGGAGGGACCGACGGCCACAUCCAUUUGCAUUCAAUGUUACAAGCUCAACCACUUAUUUCUCUUCAGUUAUCAAAGAAGUAUAUUUUCAGUGUGAGGUGGUCUCCGGUACGCCCCUUGGUUUUUGCAGCUGCUACUGGUGAAGGGGAAGUGCAGCUGUUCGACUUUGGGAAAAGCUCUCAGAAGCCAUCCAUUUCUAUCCAGCAGACCUCUGACCACACCCCUAUCUACUGUUUAGAGUUCAACAGCAGGCAGGCCCAGCUUCUCGCCACGGGAGAUGGCAGCGGCACAGUGAAAAUAUGGCAGUUAAGUUCGGAUUUCACAGAAGGAGGACCACGAGAAUUGAACCACCUCGACCAGUUAGCAAAUGAGAUCACAGAUUAACAGGGACACUAAUAAAAGUCGGUGUAUUUUAUCAGCCUUUAAACAUCUAUGCAAGGCACUACGAAUGGCUCCGUAGGUUGCUUGGAAGAGACACGGGCGCCAGCAGAGAUGUGGGGGGUGGGGGAGGUGUUUUCCGCCAUCAAGGGCAGCAGACCCUUUCAGGGCACCAUGCACCACCAGCCAGAGCCCAGUUUCGCUUGGACCAGGAACUUUUAUUGAAGCAUACACGGCAACAGGUUUGGCUCUUUUUUGUACUAAGGAGAGUUUAAGCUAAGCAGUUUUAAGGUUACACCAGAGAGUCACAUUGAUUAUUUUAGAGCACAACGAUGGACACAUGCAGAGAGUGAAGAGGCAGCAGACAAGAGUGCGUUGGGGGGGGG